AUGAGUGCAGGAGGAUCAAAGGCGCGUUAUGGUUGGUUCAUAUGGGCUGUGGCACUGUUUACAGUUGCGGAAUGGAAGAGCUGCAAUGGCUGUUGGGAACGAGAAAGAAUCGGUCUCCUCCGAAUCAAAGCCUCGCUCAACAAUCCGCCUUAUAUCAGCAGUUGGAGCGGAACGGGAACAAACAGUUCCGACGACGACGACGACGACUGUUGCAACUGGUAUGGAGUUGGUUGCGAUUUCGACACAGGGAAAGUGACGGAGCUCAUGCUUGAUCCUGGUUAUCCCUACAAUUCUGAUUUCAACUUACCAGCAAAACGGGAUAUCAAUGCUUCUCUGUUUUUGCCUUUCCAAGACUUGAGGGAGCUUUCUCUACGAGGCUAUCAUAUCCCUGGCUGCGUCGAGAAUCAAGGUUAG